AUGGAUGACGUGGACAUCUAUGGCGAUCUCCUGCCCCCGCAGCCCAAGGCACCCGCCAAGGCCGUGUCCUCCUCAGUGCCGGACCCACGGCUGGCCGAUCCGGGCGAAACAGCAGAGCGCCGCGGCGCGGGUACCAGCGCCCAUGCGGACUCGCGGCCGUUUCGACCGCGAGCCCGAAACUUGGUUUGGAAGGCACCCGGAGUGGAGAGCCCUGCAGUGACCCGCAAGGAGGCCCAGGUGCCAAAGGACACCGAGCCCGAGGUGGUGGUGCUGGAUGAUGCGGACCCGCCGAAGACGCAGCCCGCGGAGGCCCCGCCAGCGGAGUCGCCGCCAGCGGAGUCGCCUCCAGCCUCCGAGCCCCCUGCGCAGUCUCCUGCACCGGCCGUCGCCGCCGUCGCUGAAGCAAUGGCAGAACCGAAGCCGAAGGAAUUCGCGACUCUGCAGAAGGAGUUGCAGGCAGAGGAGGCCUCUGCGUGCCCGGCGGAGCCUGGCAGCCCCGUCUCCGAAGGCGCCGCGGAUCUGGACCCGGCCAUGGAGGACGGCGGUGUGAUCUCUGAUGGGACGGAAGGAAGCGAGGACGGCGAGAUUCACCUCGGAGAGGUGCGCGCUUCCGAGACAGGCACGGCGGCUCCCCACUUUCGGCGUGCUCAGGAGAAGGGCGAUUCUGCACCCUCAUCUGGUGGCAUGGGGCCCAAGGGGCCAAGGAUCAAGAAGAAGGAGAUUCUGCUGUUUAUCGGGCCGCCACCGCCGUUGCCACCACUUGGUCAGCCUGGCGAGAGCAGUUCGCUGCUGAUUGGAGGCCUCCCGUGGUGGCUAACUGACACGGAGCUGCGAAGGUAUGGCGAGCAGUACGGCCAGGUCCGGCGACUGAGGAUCCUGGAUUUCGCUGGCAGCGGCAAGUCCGCCGGCGUCGCGCUCCUGGAAUUCGCGCAAGUGGAUGCUACGAGGCAGGCACUUCGCCCUGACGUCGGCCUUUGCCGACCCCAACUCUG